AUGUCGACUGCAUCAACAAUCAAUACAAUAUCGCGUUGGCUCAAUUAUCUUCUUGCUAUACCAAUGAUUAGUUUGGGAUUUAUUGGAGCAAUAUUAACAACUAUUAUUUUUACAAGACAAAAAUUAUUUCGUCAUAAUUCAACUAUAAUUUAUUUAUUAGCAGGUGCAAUAAUGACAGCAAUACAUCUUCCAUCUAUUUAUUUACAAAGUAUACUUGUUGAUGGUUUUGGUUUAGGUGUAUUUAAUACGAAUGAUAUAGCUUGUCGAGAACGUAAUUAUUUAUUUUAUGUAACAACUGUUGCAGCUAUUUCGUUUCCAUGUUGGGCUUCAUUUAAUCAAUAUGCUAUUACAUGUCGUGAAGCUUCUUUUCGAAAUCGUUGGAGUUCAAUAAGAGUUAUACGAUUGGUUAUUAUUGGUACUGUAAUCUUCUGGGCAAUUAUCUAUUUUCCACUAAUUUUUAUUAGUAAAAGUGUUAAUGGUAUUUGUGUUUUGGUAGAUGGUCCAGUUCAAAUAUUUCACAGUUAUAUCUUAACACCUCUAGUCUUUAUUAUAGGUCCAAUUACUUUAAUUACAAUUUUUACAUUAGGCACUAUAAGAAAUCUUCGUUCGACUACUCUUCAAAAUCGUCAUGAUCGUUUAGAA